AUGGCCGACAACCAAGGAUUCCUCCACGGCAUUGGCGAUGUCGUCAGGGUAUUCAUGGAUGCAAUAGAAGAGCAGAGCAAGUACGCCGAAUCGCAGGAUCUCAUGUGGGACCGGUUUGGCUCGCUCACCAUGUAUGCGUGCUCUCUCUAUGGAAUCUCCACUCUCUUUGUGGCACUUGUGUUGAACAGAACUGCCAUAAUUGCUUCGACCAGCCACUUCCAGCGUCACAGAUCACUGAAUCCUGGUCUAAUAGGCUUCAUGGCCCGCCACGAAUGGACAAAAUCGGUGUGUCUCACCUUUCUUCGAAGUGCUGUGCUCUCCACCCUCUUUAUCAGCAUCUACCAUGUUUUGGUGGCAUUGUCGGUGAAAACCCAAUAUGGAGAUCCGGGAGAAUACUCGUGGAUCACCCGUCAUAUCCCAUUGGACUACAUCCGCUACGAUCCGGAGAAGUUUGCUCGGAACAAAUACAUGGCCAUGCCUCAGGAUGAAGUGCAAUUCGGGCCCACAACCACCAUGCUCUGGCCCAUCUUCUGGAGUGUCAGUUUCUCUCUAUUUGCAGAGACGUUUUGCUCUGCUAUUAAUGGCGUCAAGCCAUUUUUGGAAGGUGGUAUCACUCUUUUCGAGCUCUCUCUAGCAUUCCAGGAAGUCAGUUCGGGCUUUUUCUUCUUGCGUGAGCACGACAUUGCCAAAAGACCCUCGGAGCAGGUUUUGAUGGUGUGUCUCUUCCUGCUUGCGGACCAUGUGUGUAAUCAGAUGGGUGCACUAUUGUAUGGUAACAAGUAUCGGUUAAUCCCUCUGACCAUCUUGAAUAUCUUCUUUGUUUGGUACUUCGUGGCCACACUCACCAAGUCGACCAUGCUGUUCCUCCUUUUCCCAUUGAAUAUCACUUGUACAUACCUCUCUUUGGUGCUAGUGUUGUUCAUUAUUGCCAUUUGCGUGGGGAUCUUCAUAUUGGCCAUGUUGACUGAGGGCUCCAGGUUCAGGGAUCUCAACUACUCCAGCUAUUUCUUUGACGCAGAAGAUUCGUCGGAGUUCUUCUCUAAGCAUUUGAAUAUUUCGCUCAGCCAGGACUUUUACACUGCGGUUGUUAACGUGGGUCUUUUUGCUAUCACCCUGGCAGGAAAGUCCAGUUACAUUACUGGCUACAGUGUUGUUCAGGCUCCUGGUGCCAGCUGGUUAGAAGCAGGUGUAUGGGAAAAGAUUACUGCUGCUUUUGGUGUUCAGACUCUCGAGGAGCGCAACCAACUUGUUCAAAGUGGCCGAGUACUCCAAUAUUUAAAAGAAAACAGUUUGACUGGCUACGGAAACGUCAUCGCCAGCCCUUCGGAACGCUUAAUCAUGGGCUCCAAUAAUGCUAAACUGGCUGGCAAGCAAACAAGUGCACUUAAGCUUAAGGCCAAAUACUUGAAUGAGAUUUCCGUUCGGUUUAGUCAGCUCAUGUGGUCUCUAGUGUUCAAGUCAUUCUUGUGUCACAAGGUGCCGGUAGCAUUCCGGAAGUAUGUUCUUCGCAAACCGGUAGAAGAAGAGCUGUCGUUGGAGUCUGACGAACAGUUCGAGAGAAGGAAAGCUUCAGCUCCGCCAUUUAUUCAACAUCUUGUGGUGAAACGCGAGGCUCCUGAUAUUAUUGCAGGGUUCAACUUGAAUCAUUUGACAGAAGACCAGUUGAGUCAACAGUAUGCUCAGAUUCUCUUGGAGAGAGAUCUCGCAGAUUCCGAUGACUCUCCAGACUUUGAGGUUUUGGAGCUGGAAUACGAAUCAGAGUCGGACGUGGAGUCCAUCUCGCUCGAACAAGGACAAGUCCUUAAGGCCAGUGGCCGGAUCCCCAUGGCACGAGACAUUUCCCAUGAAUCUCCAAUGAGCGAACUCAUGACGCCCGAUACAUUUAUAGAACUUGUGGAUAAUCACGACAUUUUGACAGGCCACCUACAAUACGAACGUUCUGAGGGAGCCAUGACGCGUUCAAGGUACAACGCUAUUCGCCAUCCAGAGGUUCGUUACCCACAAGACGAAUCCGAAGCACUUCUACAGCUUUUACUCACCAAACGGAACCGCCCACCCCCACCAGCCAACGAGGACGAGGACGAGUACCUCGAUCCACGUCUCGGUUGUGUGAUUUGCCAGGUAUGCCCAAGAGAGAUCAUCACUUGGCCAUGUAAGUGUUUUGCAAUCUGUGAAAGCUGCCGUCUUAGUUUGGCUGCUAAAGGCAUGGAAGGUUGUGUAUGUUGUCGGAGAGACGUGGAAGGAGUCUCGAAGGUUUUCCUCCCGUAA